AAGAACUGGUUGCGCAAGUGUCAUUUAAUCUUGUGACGUUUACGAACAAAACGAUUACGCACAUCCAGUGUCUACAAAGAAAGUUGCUUAGUUUAAAAAGAGUGACCUUAAAAACGGUCCUCAGUUUUCGAAAACAUGCCAAAGAAGAACGAUAAAAAGACAGGUCAGCCAUCAUCAGGAUAUCCAACCCAGCCUACAAUGCAAUCACAACUGCCAUAUCCUUUACAACCAACAGCCCCUAACAUGGCAAACCCAGCUGUUUUAGUACCAGGUCCCGCCAAUCCUUAUAAUUCCUAUGUACCAGAAAUGCCAGGAAUGCCUCCACCACCACCAAGCUAUGAUCAAGCAAUGCAACAUCCAGCUGUACCUCCAAAUUAUAGCAGUCACACAUCAUACAUCCCUGCCCAACACCAUCCCCAGUACCAAGCCCACAUGCAUCCAUCUAACUCUUACUAUCCACCCCAAGUACAAGUACAGCAAGUUCAUCCACAAGCUAUGUUUGUUGUUCAAAAUGCGUUUGACGCUGGUGCGCGAUUCGAUUCAACAUCACAAGUUAGAGUACCUCCACCGCCUCCUGGAGUUGCCCCAAAUGCCGCCCAGGUCGCACAGUCAACUGGACACAACGUAAUGCUAGGCCAAAGAAAGGAUCGAUUUUUCGUUGGAGGAUCAGAUGGAGGUGCUACGUUUUGGUGAAAAAAUCUUUAGCUUCUAUCUUUCUAUAAAAGGGAAUCCAUUUACACACAUUUGAAAUCUGCAAUCAGCAGUGUUAUGUAACAAAUUGUUCCAGUAUUGUAAUACUAUCGCUCCCGACCCUUUAAAAAUACAAAAACAUAGGUGUCAUGCCA